AUGGACAUGUCAGAAGAGGCCAGUUCGGACUGUAGCCUCAUAACUGUAGAGACCAGACCCAGAUCGGAGUCUGAGUCUUCUUGUCAUGCGUCUGGCUCAGGAUUUGGCCGUCUGUGGAAGGGGCCGAAAAGGCCGCGACUUGGGGAGUUCGACGUUCAACUGUCGCUGUCCUCUGAGGAGGAAAUAAAAGAAGCGCUAUCUCCCCGUCGAGGGAGGGGCAGGCCACGCCUCAGUAAGGGCGACGGUAUGUCGACCGAUGAAGAUAGGCCGGGGACACCAGUUCCUGUGAGAGGUAGAGGACGUCCACCUACCCAUGGUCGCUAUGUCGGUCUGAGUAAAGCUAGGGAGAACAUGGCAGAAGAAAAAGCCCAGGCGAAACAAAAGGCGGAGGAUGACCUCCUCAAGGAGGCCGCCGUCGCCCGUUUUCGGCGGGAGACGCGCAAAGAAGUGGCAUCUCCAUUCGGGCAACGUGUGGACGAAAAGACCGCAGCCCGACUGCAGGACCAGGUCUGGGAAGACUUGGACCUUAUUAGAAAGGUGGCCACUAAGUCUGCCCACUUAAAGGGCACCUUCGUGCGUGACCUGAAAGACGCUGUGGCUUCCAUCAAGGAGACAGUAGAAGUUCUCGGGUCGCGCACCGUUUCGGAUGAGACGCGGCGACUGCAGGCGGACAACACACGCCUGCAAGCCGAGAUGGCUAGCCUCCGCAGAGAGCUGGCCCAAUUGCGGACAGACAUGGAGGGUAUGCGGAAGCAGGGUUCCGCUCACUCUUCCCCGGACAAGACAGAAGAGGCGCCCCCUGCAAUGCGUCCUCCUCAACCAGGCACAACUGGCCGCCCUGGGGUUACCCCAGAUGCGCCUUCACUGGAGGAGAUUUGUCGUACGGUGAUGGUCCAGGUCGGAGGAAUGAUGAAUGCCCGCCUGGCGUCACUAGAGGAUAGACUGCUCCCGGAGAGGAACCUCCGGCCGCCUUUGGCGACCGACAAAAGACGAGACGGGCGCACAUAUGCUGCCGCGGCUUCGGGAUUUGCUCCAGACACCGCAAAACCGCCUACUGAAGGCGCACCUCCAGGAUCCGCCCGAUCUGGACACAGCAGGCUUGCAGGGCAAGAGCCCUCUGCAGCAACCCGGCACCCAGCUGGGCCUAAGUCGAGUCGGCCACAAGCAAGGAAGGCAAAAGAGGACCCGUCUUCUUCCUCUUCUACCCCACCUUCCGGGGAUAAGAAGAAAAAGAAGAAGAAGAAGAAGAGAACGAAAAACCAGGAAGCUUGCGCAAACCAGGAGCAGCGGAAGACACAGUCAUCGGCGGAAUGGACGAGAGUAGGUCCCAAGGCGCGACCUGAUGCGAAAAGUCGCGCCAGCAAACUCCGCACACCUCGGUCAUCAGCAGUAGUAUUGACGCUGCAACCGGGGGCGGAAGAAAGAGGCGCGACUUAUGCAAAAGUCAUUGCCGCUGCGAAAGCGAAAAUAAACGCGGCAGACAUUGGUGCUCAAGGAGUCCGACUUCGUAAGGCGGCGACAGGAGGCCGCCUGUUCGAAUUCCCUGGGGCCUCCAGUGCUGAGAAGGCGGACUCCUUGGCUGAAAAGCUCAGAGAGGUCUUGGGUGACGAGGUUGUUCGGAUCUCUAGGCCUUUGAAGUCUGUUGACCUGCGGAUCACAGGCCUGGACGACUCCGUCACCAGCGCCGAGGUUAUCGCUGCGGUGGCAACGAUAGGAGGAUGUCCCGUCGAGCAAGUGCGGGCUGGCAAAGUUGUCAGUGGCUAUCGCUGCGGCCGACCGGGUCAUAAGGCCCGUGAAUGCUCCGCUUCACCACAUUGCGUGGUCUGUGCGGCGGAUGGCAGACCGGCGGAACAUCGCGUGGGCAGCAAGUCCUGCGUAUAA